AUGGGCAACACGCAAGGACAGUCAGCUGCUGGCCAGCCAGCGUCGUACGUCUCAUCGUCAGCUGAGCAGCGGCCGCCACCCGUUGCCGGGUCGAAGUUUUCGAAAACUCCCACCCUCGGCAAGGGCCGAAGCUUCAUCAAGUUCGGCAAGAAGAAGCAGCUGCUGGUGGAACAUGGGGCCGGCGGGGGCGUCGGUGGCGGUGGUGGUGGCGGAGAGGACGGCACCAAAGCCGACCUUGCUGCUGCUGACACGGAAGAGGACGGCUUUUCGAACAUCCUGCUCGAUGCGGUCUCUCACUCGGGCAAAAGCAUCCUGCGCCAGGAUGUGGCCGACGGCCAACCGAGCGAGCUUUCAAAAUCAGCUGAUUUCGACGAGCGCGAACCGGAAGAGUUCGCCGCUGAGUUCCCGGAAAAACUGUCCGGGGCAAACAAAACUUGCGACCCCAACAACGAUGGAGAUGCGCCACCGCGUUCCGAUGACGCAACGGCAACGAUGACGACAUUAGCAGCGGGGGGCACGAUCGGCGAAGCAAACGCAGCAACCGCGGCCAUCCCGAGGCACAAAAGUAACGUUGUGGAGAGAAGCGCAGGAGCAGGCGGUGGAGAAGAUGCACACCGUAAGUCGCUGACCCGCUUUGAGAAGGGUUGUAGAGGCAUCCACCAUCGAGCACAACCUACACAAGAGCACCAUGUUGCAGAGGCAACGCCGGCAACCGCCCGCGAAAGGGCCAUCGCACAAGCACACACGCACGCUCGACUCGAUUUGCCGGUCGCGUCGCGCUCCGUUACUAUAACAACCAACGCAAACACCACCAGCACCGACCCGCGAUCGCGCCCCCCGCGAUCGGAAACAACGUUACCGACGACGGGGUGUUGUUCUGCUACGGGUACGGGUGUGCGUCUCCACCGCGCGGAGGAACCGGUUCCCAACGCACGGGAGAACUUUAUCGCGCACAGCGAUGCAGGCGCUGGUAGUGGUGCAGACGCCGCCGGACUGCACCAGCCAGCGAACCCGAUCAUUGUCACGACCGAUUCAUGGAAAAGGGCCAAUUCGCUUAGUCAGGCUCCAGCAGUGCGUGAAAGCCGACGGUCACCGACGGCCACUCCAGCGUCCGCGACGGUGGUUGCCAGCGACAAAGAUACCACGAAUGUAAUCCAUCUUCGCGAGCGCACGGCAUCGUCUAGCUCCGAUUCGGUCUUUACCGACCCGUCGUCACCCCAUGGUGGGUUUGCGACGGAAAUAAACGAGGCCUAUUAUUCGGAGGAAAACAUCUGCGACCUAGCCGAUGCUCCCGUGCAAUCCGGGGGGAUCCCAAAACAACUUCCGGUUGCACUCACAAGUGCCGAUGGUGACCGCACGGAAAAUCUGAGAUCGCAACUGCAAUGCAAGAAUGUCUCGAAAAUCGAUCUUCCACCGAGCAGCAACGAAAAGCCCCAGCCCCAGUCCAGUUGGCAAACGCACGCACCGGCAAAACUGCAAAUCGAACACAACGUGAGCAGCAUUUGCAUUGAGUCCGAGCGGGCAGUUGAUGUCUCGCCGGAGUCGUCCACGUCGACAUCCCCGGACGACACGAUGGAGCGCAAACGGAUUCCCCUGUCGCACCGGAGAACGGGUAGCACGAGCGUCGCGGUCGGUAGUAACGGCAGCGCCUCGGGAAAUGGCACCGUGACCGCUGCCCGCAGUACGGAACAUGGAAAGCCCACCCGAGUGCUGUCGAAAUCGAGCCUGUACGCCGGAACGCGGUUACCGGUUUUAACGGACCGAAAGGUUCCUCUCGCCAGUGGCUCUAAUGUGACCGCAGCAAGCAGAGUGGUACGGCCGUCCUACGUGCCGGAGAAGCUUAACUUUUUCUCGUACGAAAAAUUUGAAGGGCACAUGCUAAUGAACUGGCUAUCGUCGUCUCUGGUCUCGAAUCUAAGUGGAGUGAACGAACAAGACCUGCAAGCACUGCUGUUUCAGUACUGUACCAAUUUGCUCGUGGCCGGUGUGAUGAAACAGAUUCCUGAUAAGCAUGCUCCUCCACAAGAUACCUUUCGGACGAAUCUUAUGUACCAGUGGACCCACACCGAACCACCGACACCGGCACCAGUUACCCCAGGCCGACUUGAACCGCACGUCGUGUGGCCCCAUGUCCCCGCUCCUGCGAAGACCGUAUGUCACCAAUCAACCAGCACCAGCACCGAGUCCAACGUCAAGCCGGAGAUCGCAAUGAACAGCACAACGCAGCAAGCUUGGGAUCGUGACUUACAGCUUCUUCGGGAUCAAAUUGCCAGCUGUGGAACGAUCGAGCAAGUGAGAUGCAUAUUACGCGAAUUCUUCAACCAGGAUGCCCAAGGUGGCACCAAGGGUCGCCGUUCAAUGCCGCAGGAUGUGCUCAACGAAACCGACUGCACGGUGUACGACGCGGCAACGAAGGAUUUGCUAAAUGAUUCCGAAAGCACUCUGUUCGGCGUGACCACAAGCACCCCCAGCAAGGCAGCUCGUCGUAACGGUCUCGAGGGGAUCGCCCAGAACGAACGCCCUGUGCCGGCCACAGGUGCAUCAGCGACCCUACCAAGUAAUGAAACGGAAGAUAUCGAUAUGAAGGCUUCCGCCAGCGAAUGUGAUAACACGACACAUAACCAAACAUUCCCCAAAAACAGUAUUACUACCGGCCACACUCCGGCGCAAGUCGUGGCGCCAACGGAAUCCCCCGAGACGAAUGCCAAGAACGUGCUGGGCGAUGGUAACCAUUGUAACAUCCCUUGCCCUCCUGGAGCGCCCAUCUUCGUAUGUUCCAACUGUUGCAAGCAAUCCGCCAGUGGCUCCCAGAAGGGCACGGAAGCCACCGUAGUGACGAGAGAAACCCAAACGGAUCCCAGCCAAGACGGAAGUGGUGUAACGGAUGCGAGAAGUCACUCGGAAGUCACAGUCUCAGCACCACCACCGCCUCCUCCUCCCCCUCCACCACCCUUGGCACCGCUGGGGGCGUCGAUGCCGCCACCACCACCUCCUCCACCACCCCCGCCGGGACCACCGGGUAGUUCGGGUCCUUCCCAAUCAAUGCCACCCCCUCCUCCACCGCCACCGCCACCCUUCGGUCAGUCAGCUCCACCACCACCACCUCCACCACCCUUACCGAUGGGUGGGGUGCAGAAUCCUAAUCCACCCCCACCACCACCGCCCCCGUUCGGGGGGCCACCGGGGCCUCCUCCACCUCCACCCGGUCCCGGCGGUGGAGGACCGAACGCAGCGGCUGCGCUAGGACCAGGUAAAUUAGCGUCAAGUCAAGGCCCCCCUAGUGCGAACACCAGUGGCCCUCCGCCACUACCACUACCCAUACCAGUGCCCGGAGGAUGGUAUGCGGCGAAUAUUUUGCGUAAGCAGCCGGUAAAUCCGCCGAAACCAAUGAAACCCCUCUACUGGACACGCAUUCUGGCGCCAAAGGAAGCAGGGUCCAAGACUACAAACUCUCUCACGUCCUCCAUAACCGAAGAAACGGAUGGUGGUUCCGUUUCGCUACCGCAAGCGGAGCCAAUGGAAACGAGCGAACCGGAAAAAAAUCCACCCACCCCCUCACCACCUCCGGCCAUCGCCGAAAAGCGUCAGGGACUGUGGCAGGAGCUGGAGGAAACGAACCUGGACAAUUUGGAUGAGUUCACCGAACUCUUCUCCCGGCAGGUCAUCGUGCCGAAGCUGCGCGAGAAGAUGGAAAAGCCGGAGAAGACGGUCAAAAUUCUCGACUGCAAGCGAUCGCAGAACGUGGGCAUAUUCGCGAAAAGCUUGCACCUCGAGUGGGACGAGAUCGAGUGCGCCAUCUACCACUGCGAUACGUCCGUCGUCAGCCUGGAGGCAAUGCAGAAGAUACUGCAAAUAAAGGCCACCGACGAGGAGCUGAUGUUGAUACGGGAGUACGCCGAGAGCAGCCUAGCGAACAACAACAACGCGAUCCCGCUCGAUCAGCCGGAGCAGUUUCUUCUGCGCAUCUCGAGCAUAUCAUUUUUUGCGGAGCGAAUUUCGUGCAUCGUCUUUCAGGCGGAGUUCGAGGAGCACUACAAGUGUGUAUCGCGCAAGCUGAAAACCGUCAAGCAGACGUGCGAGUUUCUCACCGAGAGCGAAGAGCUGAAGCACCUCUUUUCGAUUAUCCUAACGCUGGGGAACUUUAUGAACGGAGGCAAUCGCACACGUGGUCAGGCGGACGGUUUCGGGCUGGAGAUUCUAAGCAAGCUGAAGGACGUCAAAUCGGCCGACACUAACACGACCCUGUUGCAUUUCAUUAUCCGCACGUACAUAAGCCAAUGUCGUAAGAGUGGCAUUAUACUGCAGGAAAUCAAUCUCCCCAUUCCGGAUCCUAGCGAUUUGGAUAAGGCCGUCCUGGUCGAUUACGAUGACUGUCGAUCGCAACUCACAAUGCUACGCUCAAAAACGGAAGAGUGUCGCCAGACCGCGGACAAAGUAAUUCAAGAAUCGACCGAAGAUCAGUUGCAUCCGUUCAAGGAAAUAAUGGAGGAAUUUAUCGAAAAAGCGACCGCGCGCAUCACGAAGCAGUUCUGCAAGCUGGAUGAAUGUCGCGAGUGUUUCAUGCGCACAAUGCGCUUUUAUCACUUCACCCCGAAGACGGGCACGGUGGAAGAAUGCAAGCCGGAAAUGUUCUUCGAGCUGUGGGUUCCGUUCGCGCAAGACUUUAAGAGUAUUUACAAGAAGGAGAUGCAGAAUCUGCUCAAUGAACUAUUGAAAAAGACUAAGCGACCUUCCACGACAUCCACGGGGACGAAGCAACCGACCGGCAAGCUAAAAGCAGGCUCUCUGAAGGAACGAAUGAAGCGCCUCAUGCAAAACUAAACUAACCUGAGUAAUAUAUUUUUAGUUAGAAGCUGAUCGUAUCCGUUGAAAAAUGUUGUAUCUCACAAUUCCUACACAACGAGUGGUACAAUAAAAUUUACGA